CUUCUCUCCUCUCCUUCUCCAAUCCAUCCUGGAAACGAUUUUGUCUCCACCUCUUGCCUCCUCUCCAGGAAAGGUUGGAGCAGCAAAACGGGGGGCCUGUGUGUGCUAGGUGGGGACGGGCAUAGUAAAGGAAUUCCUUAUCUUCACAGCAACAGCUUGGGAAACGCGUUGACUACAGAGUUAAACUCAAGUCCACUUUCUAACAGUUGGCGACAGUCCGUUCAGUUCGUUUCAACCCCUUUUACCAGAAAGAAUCAUCUUUCGCCAUCCACCGCCCCUCCUGCCCCCCCCCCCCAACGCAGCACCCGAAGGGGAGUGUCUCUGGGGAUGCUUCUGUCCAGACUUGCUCCCUUCUCUUCACCACGGCCUCCCACCCCUCCGCCCAGCAAUCGCUGACAUCCCACCCUUUCUCCACCUCCAGCCCUGAAAAUGGGUACAAACAAGUCCUCCAACAACCUAAGGAGGGAGGAGCUUGAUUGGUCGGAUCCAACUCCCAGCGGGAGGGAGGGGGACCUGGAGGGAGAAGUGGAGGCCGGGCUAGGACGUGGAAAGAAAGCACUUGGGGUGGGGAUGCCGGGGACGCGAGGAGGGACGGGAGACCCUAGUCCUGCCCCCCCAAAGUUAAAGGUCUGAGAGAACUCGCUCAGCCUGACGGUGAAAGCGCCCCACCGUUAACCCAGGAAGCUUCCGAGUGCGGGCGCGAAAGGGUGUUGAGCGGUAUAUAUAGCUCUCCAUAGACAGCGCGAGCUCAGCGCGGAAAGGAGGGGGCGAGCAAAGGCAGGUCCCGCCUCCCCCUGGCCCGCGUGCACACACGCGCCCACCGCGGCUCGGGCUGGCUGAGCGCGGGCGAGUGUGAGCGCGAGUGUGCGCACGCCGCCAAGAGCCUCUGCCCUCGCCUCGCACCCUCUCAGGGCAUCUGGAGAGCCUGGAAGCGUGAACAGCCUUAAAGUAUGGCAUGUUGCAAAGAUGGUUUCUGCCAAAAAGGUACCCGCGAUCGCGACGUCCUUCGGGGUCAGUUUCGCCCUCCUGCACGUCCUGUGCCUGGCGGCUUGUUUAAACGAAUCCCCAGGACAGAACCAAAAGGAGGAGAAAUUAUGCCCGGAAAAUUUUACCCGCAUCCUGGACAGUUUACUCGAUGGUUAUGACAACAGGCUGCGUCCUGGAUUUGGGGGUCCUGUUACAGAAGUAAAAACUGACAUAUAUGUCACCAGCUUUGGACCUGUUUCUGAUGUUGAAAUGGAAUACACAAUGGAUGUGUUCUUCAGACAGACAUGGAUUGACAAAAGACUGAAAUAUGAUGGCCCCAUUGAAAUUUUGAGAUUGAACAAUAUGAUGGUAACAAAAGUAUGGACCCCUGAUACUUUCUUCAGGAAUGGAAAGAAAUCUGUCUCACAUAAUAUGACAGCUCCAAAUAAGCUUUUUAGAAUUAUGAGAAAUGGCACUAUUUUAUACACAAUGAGACUUACCAUAAGUGCAGAGUGUCCCAUGAGAUUGGUGGAUUUCCCCAUGGAUGGUCAUGCGUGUCCUUUGAAAUUUGGGAGUUAUGCUUAUCCGAAGAGUGAGAUGAUUUAUACCUGGACCAAAGGUCCUGAGAAAUCAGUAGAAGUUCCAAAGGAGUCCUCCAGCUUAGUUCAAUAUGACUUGGUUGGGCAAACCGUAUCAAGUGAAACUAUCAAAUCCAUUACGGGUGAAUAUAUUGUUAUGACAGUUUACUUCCACCUCAGACGGAAGAUGGGUUAUUUUAUGAUUCAGACGUACAUCCCAUGCAUUAUGACAGUGAUUCUUUCACAAGUUUCAUUCUGGAUAAAUAAGGAAUCAGUUCCAGCUAGGACCGUAUUUGGAAUAACCACAGUCCUCACCAUGACGACACUGAGCAUCAGCGCACGGCAUUCUUUGCCCAAAGUGUCCUAUGCUACGGCCAUGGAUUGGUUCAUAGCUGUCUGCUUUGCUUUUGUGUUUUCCGCCCUGAUUGAGUUUGCUGCUGUCAACUAUUUUACCAAUAUUCAAAUGGAAAAAGCCAAAAGGAAGACAUCAAAAGCCCUCCAGGAAUUGCCAGCUGCCCCCGUGCUGAGAGAAAAGCAUCCUGAAGCACCUCUGCAGAACACAAAUGCCAACCUGAACAUGAGGAAAAGAACAAAUGCCUUGGUGCACUCUGAACCUGAUGUUGGCAUCAGAACCGAGGUAGGAAACCAUUCAAGCAGAUCCUCCAUGGCUGUUCAAGGAUCUUCGGAAGCCUCACCGCAGUCUUACUUAGCUUCCAGUCCAAACCCGUUCAGCCAUGCAAAUGCCGCUGAAACUAUAUCUGCUGCAAGAGCACUUCCAUCUGCCGCUUCUACUCCUAGUAGAACUGGGUAUGCACCCCGACCAGCUUCAGUUGGAUCUGCUACUACCCACCGUGUGUUUGGAUCAAGACUGGAGCGAAUUAAGACCACAGUUAAUACCAUAGGGGCUUCUGGGAAGUUGUCAGCCACCACUCCUCCCUCUGCGGCACCACCUUCUGGAUCUGGCACAAGUAAAAUAGACAAAUAUGCCCGCAUUCUCUUUCCAGUGACAUUUGGGGCAUUUAACAUGGUCUAUUGGGUUGUUUAUUUAUCUAAGGACACUAUGGAGAAAUCAGAAAGUCUAAUGUAAUUUUUUUUUUUGCUAUCAUAGUUUCCUAAAACAUGAUGAACUUAAUGCAGAAGGUCUUUUUAAAUGUUUUUAAAGAUAAACAGUUGCUCUUUACUAAAAUAAAAAUUCUAUGUAUUUUUUUCCAUUUAAAAAAUUCCAGCCAGUUAUUGAGAGAGUUAUCAAUUCCUCAGUGAAGAGAAUGUGAGCCAAUUUUCAUUUCAGAAAAAUGAUUUAAAUAGAAUCAAUUCAGCAUUAAAAUUAGAUGGAAUACAGACCAUCUUGGAAAGUUGGGAUAAGAGAAAUAGUGCUAUUAGAAAUACUUGGUGCAUAUUUAUGCAUUGGAAUUUGAAAACAGACUGCCAUUUUAAAUACACACUAUGAAUAUCAACCAACCACCCUAAAUUUCCCAGUGGCACUGCCCUUAAUCAGAAUUGUUUAUCGGAUAUCACAUGCGGUGACUUUUGGAGAUCCUCUUACCUAGUAUCUGCAAGAAAAGGACUUUUCCUGUUAACUGAAACAUUUUUACAAGGAACAUGGAACAAAACAAAUAUUGACCAAUAAAGUGAAACCUCUGCUGCAUCAAAAACAAAGACAGAGGCCAGGGAAAAUAUGUUCCCUGUCAUAUGUUGUCCAAACAGGACUUAACAGUUGACUUGAAAAUUUGUGCUUUGAGCCAAAGUUUAAUGCAUUGUAUGAAUUCUUUUUGAUAGUAGUUCAUUCAGUUAUGUAUUCUUUCAACGUAUAUUUAUUCAGAGCCUACCUUGUCCCAGGCACUAUGUUAGACAUUGUCUCUCUAGGAAAGCUCCUUCACCUUUACCUACAAUAUUACUUAAAUGGUAGAACAGUCAAUGCAUGCUAAUGAACCAUAAACUAGCAGAAGCCAUUGCAUUCUUUAGUGGAGGAAAAUUAUUUAGAGUCUGAAAACAUAUUCAAAAUAUUUGUGUCUCCUCUAUUGGUAGAGGACAACAGGCGUGUUGUUCACAUAGCCACUUUUGAGAUAAGUACACAUUAAUACAUCUACAGCAAUUGACUUCAAAAUAUAAUGAAAAUGUGGUACAGAUUUUUCUGUAAGCGAAAAGCACUGCGUACCUGAAAUUAGAAAUCUGGGCACUAUAGAUCUUAUGGAUUACCUGUCUCAAAUUUGAUCAGAAUCACAGAACAGAUUUUGAUCAGAAUCACAGAAUCAUUAGAAUUAAGAACUCAAUACAAGGCCUUUUAGCUGCUUUUCCCAACAUAGAUAUGUGUAGAUCUAUGUUAGCUGGUGAAAUGCUAACCUUUUGGGAAGUUUUUGUGUCCAUGGUUCUGUAUUUCUGAGCAGUUUUGUGUUUAUUUUGAGGGAGUUUUUGUACAGUUUCAUAACUAAGGUGAGUAUUUUAAAAUUAAAAGCAGCAAAGGAAUGGAGUAAAAAACCAAACAAAAACAUCAUAGCCAAGGGGUAUGAUGCUACUGACUGUUAUGCAAUUUUUCAGGAUUUUCAUGUACUGACUUUUCUUUUUCAUUAGGUAGGCUUAACAACUUAAUUGAAUUUCUUGCAGCUGUCUUAUACUGCUAAAUCCAGGUCGAGUUUUUUGUUGUGUUGCUUCCAGAUUUUUCUUCUAUACUUCUGUCUUUCUGAGCUGGGUUGUGUAAAUGAAUGAGUUCUGAAGAACAUUUUGAUAGAAAUGACCACUUUAAAAUAGGCUCUUAUUUUUUAGAGAAGAAAUAAUAUUAAUUAAUUGCCAUUAGUUUUUUAGUUAUUGCUUUGCCUUGCAAUGGUCACUUAUGAGACCUGUAAAAUGUGCCAAUGCCAAAUAUUAAUUGUGAGUCAUAUAAGAGAAAUUCCUUGUUGGUUAUCUCUCUAGGUAUUUACUGGAAUAAUCAACAGUUUUAAGGUUGAAAGAUGCUUUAGAAAUCAUUCAACCCAAGCCUCUUUCUUAUGAAUUGAUGGAAGUUAAGAGUCCCAGUGAAACUGGUACAAAUGUAUAUAUUUAAUAAAGAGUACUUGUAUAAAAGCUUAUCAAACAUUAUUUCAUGAAUGUGAACAGAUUUCUAGCCUUGAGGACAAUGCUUGAAAUUGUGGUUAAAGCUAUGAUUGUUCAUUAUCCCAACAAAAUGAUCUUAUUUCUUUGGGGAGGAAUAUAGUCCUUGCUUAUCUAUCAGUCUAUGCUUAAGAAAUAUUUCAUUGGAUUCCUUUAAAAAAAUAAAUUUUUUUCCUAUAAAUUUCACAGAUAUUAAAGAGAUAAAAAAUAAAUGAUUUUCGAUUUGUAGACCAGGAUCCAAAUUAACUCAUAGUUAUUUUUCUUACCUUGGUAUAUGAAGAUUUUAAAUAAAUCAGAUGGCCAAAUAAAGAGAAAGGGCAAAAUUAACCAAGGAUUCUUAAUUGUUAAUUUGAAGAAUAAAUUGACCAGAAGGUCUUAUAAUUAAUACAAAAAGGAAUUAUUUCAUUUGUAUACAAUGUUAAUAAUAAUGCAUAGUUUAUUUUCCUUGAGUUCCAUCAAAUUAAUUCAAGGCAAACUUUUUUAUUAUGACCAUCAUUUCUAUCUUUCCAAUAACUUAGAGCUAUAUUAAACAGGACCCUUUUGUGAAGAACCAGUCACUUUUCAUCAUUAGAAAAAUCUCAGAAGUGUCAUUAGGAGAGCCCAAAGGCCUGGCAAUUUGUGAAGAAGAAUAAUUCUAAGAAUAGUACCUUUGUAUGUCUCUGUCUUUUAAAUGUGAAAUUCAGAAUUGUUUUAUUCAUUACUAGUAACUAUAGUCUAUCUUUCAACUCCACAUUGGCCACUAACUGCUACCUAAUUCGAAUUUCCUCCAGGCAUGACUAGGCAUAAUAACAUAUUUACAUGAUUAAUCCACAGUUAAAAAUGACUUGUAUUUGUGUAUAUAUUGGUUAUUUGAAUGGUGUAUAUUUUAAAUUGGACCUCCAAACCCUUCAAUUAGAGUAGGCAGGAAGUCACCUUCUUUUACAGAUGAAAAUGAAUCUUAGAGAAAUUAGGGAUUAAGAUAAAAGUGCAGGGCUAGAGUGAACUUUGAAAGGUCAUUUUUCAAUUACCUCACCUUAUCAGUGACCAUGUUUCAUGCAAUACAUAACAAAUUUAUGGUUUAUUUUACCCAUGAAUUGGUAAUUGUGCCUGACCUAGGAAAAAAAAAAUUCACACUUUCCACUCCCCUGUUUUCCAUUGGGCCCCUUUUCUAGAUUUGUGAAAAACCUCUAAUGGAAAAGUGCCAGGUGGAAAAAUGGAUGAUCUGAAUUCAAGUUCUGACUGUACUGUGAAAUGUUUUAGACAAGUCACUUAACUUCUCAGGCUUGAUUCCUUAUUUAUAACAGAAGCAUAUUAUAUUAAGUAAUAUCUAAAAUUUCCUUCAAUUUUAACAUUCUCUGAUUCUCAUUUCGACUAAUUACAAGCUUAUUCUUGGGAUACGAGGUGUAAUCAACAAACAUGGUGAGUGUUUUAAUAAAAAAAUAUUUAUUACACUAAAAGACACAUUCUAUUAAUCCUCCUCAAAAUACUCCCUGUCUC